AUGGGCCACAACUUUGGCCGAGUCGGUGAAGAGUACGACGGCGGCCAAGUGUACCGAGGCGCCAACGCGGCCACGUCGAUCAACGUGGCACCGUGGACGCAUUGGCUGACCAACCCGGAUGUGAUCCGCGAGGAGAAGGCCGUCCAGAGGUUCCAAAAGCACAUCUGGUACGAUCUCCAGAAGGGCUCGUACCAGAUCAAGUUUACGUCGAACGGCGCGUUCAAGCGAUGGUACAUCCAACUGUCCGUGUCCGGCGCCGACACGAACGAUGCGCUGUCGAUCACGUUGAACGGCGAGCCGCUGGCGUGGACUACCAAGGGCGUCAAGGACCGCACGUUUUAUUCGUGGCGCAGCUCGGACGCGGGGUUCCCUGCCGGCGACCACGUGCUCAACAUCACCGCGGGCGGGUCGUUCGACAGCCCGAUAAUCAAGCAGCUGUGUAACGCCGUGAUCUACGAAUACGCCGGCGAAGACGAGUUUAAACUCGACGACAACGACCACAUCGGGUUCUACCCCACGUGGGACAUCAACAAGCGCCUCUCGUACCGCCCCGACAACGAAAAGUGCCUCAUGCGUAAUAUGACGUCGCCCCAGUUUUGCACGCCGUGCCAGGAAAACAUGUGGCUGCAGUUCCUGACGCGCAUUUCGUUUGUCGAAGACGUCGUUGUGACUGGUAAGGACGUCGCGCUCAAGGUCAUCCCGCUGGGCCAACUCCGCCCCAAUCCCAUCCCCAACGAGCGGUACUCGGUCCAGUGGUUCAACAACGGCAACGAAGUCUCGACGUUCCGCGACCAGUUCAACAUUGACGUGUCCACCGUAUCUGGCGCCGCCAAGCAGUGGACGGUCAAAGUCAACUUUACCACUCCCACCAUCCGCGUCGACUCCAAGGGCGUCACUCGUGCCGAACGCACGUUCAACGUCGACUACACUCCCCCAGCUACUACUGUAACCCCUACCACUACCACAGUUACCCCUGCCCCUACCACGGUUACCCCUACAACCACCAAAGCGACCCCUGCCCCCACCACUCUCACCCCUACAACCACCACGGCUACCCCUACCACCACCAAGGCGACCCCUGUCCCUACCACUGUUACCCCUGCGCCUACCACGGUAACCCUGACCCCCACUACCACCAAGGCUACGACCACGGUCGCGCCCACCCCCACGACGACCAAAGCGCAAUGUUAA